AUCCUAUAAAAGCGUGAUCGAUUGAACGCCUUGGCGCACUCCCUUCUAAGACGUCCGUUUUGUUACCGGUGGUGUCUCAGCAUCACAACGAUGACAUUACUUAUAGUACUAACCGUGUUGCUCGUAAUGGCGAGUACCGAAGCUAAGUACAUGUGGGCACCCUUGUACGAAUAUCGUGGACCACCAGCACCCCUAUCGAAAGAUGGCAGGGUAUUAGAAACCGCGGAAGUUGUACGUGCACGUAAUGCACAUAUGGCGGCACAUGCUGAAGCAUUGUCAAGGAUUAGAGAAAUCAAACGUAACGAUUAUACUGACAGGAUGAUGAUGAUGAGACCAACUAUGGUACCACCAAUUAUUGCACCAUUAACCAUCAAAACAAGAACUCGAACGAUUGCUGCUGCACCACUUUCACCAGAUGGUCGUGUUGUUGACACCCCUGAGGUAGCUCAAGCAAAAGCUGCACAUUUAGCGGCACAUGCACGAACAACCUCAAAAUUGGCCGCAGCUGCGGCUUCCGCAGUAACAGCGGCCCAAUACCAAUUGACCGAUUACGAUGACCAUAGAAAUCUAAUUUACCUGUCACCUGUUCGUGUUAAUUAUGCAGCGAUAUCACCAAUAGGAUAUCGAGGACCACUUGCACCUAUUGGACCCGAUGGACGUGUCAUGGAUACACCGGAAGUUGCUAGAGCUCGUGCUGCUCACAUGAAAGCACGUGCGCGUGCAAUUGCUAUGGUCUCUCAUCGUGAGGACAGUAAUUAUUAUUAAAAAAAAAAAAAAAAAAAA